GGCUCCCAGUGCCGGGGCAGACCGUGAGCGAGAGCGCCCCAGAGAAGCGCCUGCAAUCUCUGCGCCUCCGCCGCCAGCACCUCGAGAGAAGGACACCCGCCGCCUCGGCCCUCAUCUCACCGCACUCCGGGCGCAUUCGAUCCGGCUGCUCGCCCGCUCCUUGGCUUCCGUGUCGCCACGCUCGCCCCGGCUCCUCCUGCGCGCCACAAUGAGCUCCAGCACCAUCAAGACGCUCGCUGUCGCCGUCACCCUUCUCCACUUGACCAGGCUGGCACUCUCCACCUGCCCUGCCGCCUGCCACUGCCCUCUGGAGGCGCCCAAGUGCGCCCCGGGAGUCGGCUUGGUCCGGGACGGCUGCGGCUGCUGUAAGGUCUGCGCGAAGCAACUCAACGAGGACUGCAGCAAAACGCAGCCCUGCGACCACACCAAGGGGCUGGAAUGCAAUUUCGGCGCCAGUUCCACCGCUCUGAAAGGGAUCUGCAGAGCUCAGUCAGAAGGCAGACCCUGUGAAUAUAACUCCAGGAUCUACCAGAACGGGGAGAGCUUCCAACCCAACUGUAAACAUCAGUGCACAUGUAUUGACGGUGCUGUGGGCUGCAUUCCUCUGUGUCCCCAAGAACUGUCUCUCCCCAAUCUGGGCUGUCCCAACCCCCGGCUGGUGAAAGUCAGCGGGCAGUGCUGUGAGGAAUGGGUCUGUGAUGAAGACAGCAUUAAGGACUCCCUGGACGACCAGGACGACCUCCUUGGAUUCGAUGCCUCGGAGGUGGAGUUAACGAGAAACAACGAGUUAAUCGCAAUUGGCAAAGGCAGCUCACUGAAGAGGCUUCCUGUCUUUGGCACGGAACCGCGAGUCCUUUACAACCCGCUGCAUGCCCAUGGCCAGAAAUGCAUCGUUCAGACCACGUCCUGGUCCCAGUGCUCCAAGAGCUGCGGAACUGGUAUCUCCACACGAGUUACCAAUGACAACCCGGAGUGCCGCCUGGUGAAAGAGACCCGGAUCUGUGAAGUGCGUCCUUGUGGACAACCGGUGUACAGCAGCCUAAAAAAGGGCAAGAAAUGCAGCAAGACCAAGAAAUCCCCAGAACCAGUCCGAUUUACUUAUGCAGGAUGCUCCAGUGUGAAGAAAUACCGGCCCAAAUACUGCGGCUCCUGCGUGGACGGCCGGUGCUGCACACCUCUGCAGACCAGGACCGUGAAGAUGCGGUUCCGGUGCGAAGAUGGCGAGAUGUUCUCCAAGAACGUCAUGAUGAUUCAGUCCUGCAAGUGUAACUACAACUGCCCGCAUCCCAACGAGGCGUCGUUUCGCCUCUACAGUCUGUUCAACGAUAUCCACAAGUUCAGGGACUAAACGUCUCCUGGGUUCCUAGUGAGGGUCGGACAGAGGUGUUGAGCAUCGCGGAGACGCGGGCGGACGGUGGGCGAACGGUGCCUUGCUCAGCAUCGAGUAGGAUUAAGGUGUUUCAAAACUGCCGAAGGGGCUGCUGCUAUGGAUGGACAGUAACGCAGUCGCAGUUGGAGAAUACUUCGCUUCAUAGUACUGGAGCCCGGGUUACGCUUCAUAUUGGAGCAUGUUUAUAGAUGAUGUUCUGUUUUCUGUUUGUAAAUUAUUUUGCUAAGUGUUUUUUUUUUUUCUUUUUCUUUUUUUUGCUCCAUUUCUCCCCUUCCCCCCUUGGUUCUACAAUUGUAAUAGAGAUAAAAUAAGACUAGUUGGGUCAAGUGAAAGCCCCGCUUGUCCUUUGACAGAAGUAAAAUGAAAGGCUUCUCCUGCCUUCCCCAGUGGAGGGGGGGGGACACUCUGUGAGUGCCCUUGAGGCCACUACCUGCACUCUAAACUGCAAACAGAAACCAGGUGUUCUAAGAUUGAAUGUUUUUAUUUAUCAAAAUGUAGCUUUCGGGGAGGGAUGGGGAAAUGUAAUACUGGAAUAAUUUGUAAAUGAUUUUAAUUUUAUAUCAGUGAAGAGAAUUUAUUUAUAAAAUUAAUCAUUUAAUAAAGAAAUAUUUACCUAA